AUGAAUCGUAGUGACGAAGAAACUAUGAAGAAAACUAGUGUAGUGAACCUUGAUAAACUUUUGGAUGACUUCUCAGAGAUAGAAAAGAAAAUGUCAGAAAUUAAUGAAACAAAUAACCUACUUAUUCAUCAGCUGGAAAAAUGUAACAGAUUGCUAACAUUAAGCCAAUCAAAUGAGGAAUCAGUAAAAGAGGAAUGCAGUACUCUACAGAAUGUGAUAAAAGGGCUAACACAAACCAUUGAAAACCAGUGUAAUCUGAAAGAUGAAAAUGAUAGACUGAAGGGAACUAUUCGCAUCUUGGAAGAUAAAUUAAAGACUUGUGAACAGGAGUAUAAAGAUCAAAUUGAGAAACUCAUGAUAGAAAUUAAAAACAAAGAGGAAGACCACAAAUUAGAAAUAACACAGUUGAACUGCGAUAUAAGGAAAAAAUUUGAAGUAAAAGAAAUGGAGUAUAGAGAACAGAGAGAGAAAAAAGAACUGGAAAUAUUAGAGCUAACGAGACAGCUGAAAAUUCAAAAUGAAGAGAAGCAGAAUGAAAUAAUUAAACUGCAGAUAGAGUUCAAUGCUAAAUUGGCAAGAGCUCAGGAUAAAACCACCAAAUCCUUUUCAGAUGCUUCAGUCUUGCCACAAAGUAUCUAUCGAAGGAAGCUGCAGCAUCUCCAGGAAGAGAAAAACAAGGAAAUUGAAAUUCUCCGAAACACCAUAAGAGACUUGGAGCAACGUCUUAAUAAAAGCCAAGAUCUGCCCUUCAAACGGAGGAGAUUCUGAGUAAAUGACAUUAAGUAUUUCAGUGUUUCAAACUGUGCAUCUCAAAAUAAAAACAAGAGAUGAAGAAAGUAUGUUUUAUUGAAAACGCUCUUGUCAGAUAUUCCAAAGACAUGCAUUCUGUAUAUAUUCAGAGCUUCUCUCUUGCUAAUCAGCAUUCACAAUAAAAAUAUUCAGGUUUUCUAGGAGUAGUAAUUUUCCCAUUAAACCAUCAUUAAUUAUGGUGUAUGCUUUCAUAGCAGUUUUCUUUUCAUGAAUAUUCUCUUCUUCAUCCAGGAAUCCUUCAAACAACUGGAUUUACUUCCACUCAGUUAAUCAAACAUUAGGAAUGCUAA